AGAGGCCGCUCUUCUUCGGUUUGGGGUUUUUUCUCGGCGUUGCUUGCGGCCUUUGAUGUUCAGAGCUCCUGUAGCAGCGUAGGCUGCAUGAGGGGGGUGCGGGCUCCGGCAGUCCUGCUCGGCGGAGGGAUGCCGGCGCUGCUCCCUGUGGCCUCCUGCCUUUUGUUGCUACCCCGAGCCCUGCUGUCAAUGGCUUCAGGAAGUCCCCCUCCCCAGCCCUCGACGGCCUCUGACUCCAGCUACGUUCCUGGUUCGGUCUCUGCAGCCUUUGUCACCUGCCCCAAUGAGAAGGUCGCCAAGGAGAUAGCUAGGGCAGUGGUGGAGAAGCGCCUGGCAGCCUGCGUCAACCUCAUCCCUCAGAUUACAUCCAUCUAUGAGUGGAAAGGCAAGAUUGAAGAAGACAGUGAGGUGCUGAUGAUGAUUAAAACGCGAAGUUCCCUGGUUCCAGCUUUGACAGAUUUUGUUCGCUCUGUGCAUCCUUAUGAAGUGGCUGAGGUGAUUGCAUUGCCUGUGGAGCAGGGAAACUCCCCAUACCUGCAUUGGGUGCACCAGGUUACAGAGUCAAGUUUUUAAUUCCAACUCACCUCUACCAUGAUGAGCCCUGCUCCUGCCAUGUUCCCCUUAUAUACCUCUAUGCUCUGACUUCCAGGGGAUGACUGGGCUAAUAAAUCCUGUCUUUGAUUUUU